CAUUUUGCAAAUAUGGGAUGAAGACCACAUCUGUUUUUCACAACAAACCAGAACUUUGAUCACCUGCCAAUAAACACUCCAGGGGGCGAUUUCUACGACUUGACCUUCUCGUUUAUGUUUCCAGGCGUGGUGCUUGUUUACCUUUAAGGCAGGCCGGCCGGCCCUAUCAGCAAAAACGUUUUUGGGCGGGGGGGGUGUAACACGCAGUCUUGCGACCUUGUUGACACGUGGCUGUUUGUUUGUGUUGGCCUCCAUUCCCGCAGCGUGGCACAGAGUAGACCGAUCCGGUCAUGUUGGUAUUCCCGGGCCGGCCCUACACGUUGGCGCACACCUUGAAAAACACACAAGCCAUCUUUUCCUUCUACUUAGUGUCACUUCCGAAUGAAGUCUCCCUGAAAGCUGUUCUGAGCCGGAGCCACGCUGGAAUGAGCAGGAAUGCUCCAAGAUGGCAACACCACUUUAGACGUCUGGGGAAGUAGCAUUUUUUUGCGUGGCUAACUUGCUGAGUGUGUGUGCCAAGGUCCAGCACUCUGAAUUCUGAAGGUGCUUUCUGUCGUGCGGGCCAAGCCGGACCCCCGGCUGCACCCUCCGCGGGACGGCCCGCAUUAUCCCUCCGUUGCUCUGCAGGGGGUGCAGAUGGUGCAACCCAUUAAGGCAACCGAGUCGCAGGACAACCACACGCUGACCACGCUGACCUCCGCAUCAUACAACAUAGUUUAACCACGUUAAAUUUGCAUAAUAAAGUGCAGAACAACCAUGGACAUUUAACAAGCACUUCGGAGGCAUGUUAUCCCGGUGCCUUAAGUAGAGUGUCAUGGCCUCGCCACAAAAUGCACGUUGACAUAUGGCGCGCCGAAUAAUCAGAGAUUUGGUUUCAAUCUUCCAAGGAGAGAAAGAUUAGUUAGACAAAGACAAAGAUUAGUUAAAACCUCAGCCAGAUCUGCACUCUGAGUCCAACUGAGUUACAAACUGUGACAAACUGAAGUGGGUUUGGGUCAGGGGCACAUGCCAAUUGAAAAGGUGGAUCGGUCGCUAAGUGGUCCGAUAUAGACAAACGGCUGACAUCAGAUGGACAUCAGCUCACGUAUAAGCUAACAUGCUAGCUCCAGCCAGGAAAUUCCAGAUUCGAACCGUGAACCAAUGGACUGCGAGGCAGACGUGCAAAACCACUAAGCCUGCAAGGUGUCGCACUGCCUCCAGUUUUCUCUUUGUUGUUCUUUCUCUUCUUCCUCCUCCCUCCGCGCACGCGCCCUCCGUGCGGGGGAAGUAGGCGGAGCUUUAGGCGCAGUAACUACGCACACCAGCACGAACGCACGCACGCGCGCGCACGGCAAGAAGGAGGACGCGUGGAGGCCACGAUGCUCUCCGCCUCGUGAUCGCCCUCUCGUCAUCUUCCGCUUCUUCCUCUUCUCAUUCCUCGUCAUUGUCCCGCACGAUGGCGUCGGGCACGGAAAGCUUUCUUCGCCGCCUGGUGGGACCUCGCACGUCUCUGCUGGUGCUGAUGCUGCUGCCGGCGCUGCUCGGCGUGCCUGCGGCGCAGGCGUCCUACCAGACUCAGGGCGUCGGAGAGUGUCAAGGAAAGAUGUGUGCAGGUUCGGGUGCGGCCGAGACGAAGAGUGACCCAGUGGCGUGCGACCGCUCCACUUGCCGCUUCGGAGGCGUGUGCCGAGAUGACCGCUUGCAGCCCAAGUGCGUCUGUCAGUUCCAGUGCCACAAGAAGUACGUUCCAGUGUGCGGCUCCAAUGGGGACACGUAUCAAAACGAGUGCUACCGGCGCCAAGCGUCCUGCAAGCAGCAGCGGCUCAUCUCCAGGGUGGCCCACGGACCUUGCGCUGACGAUCCUGGCUCGGGUUCCGGAAAUUCCGACGAUGAAGAAGAAGACGAAGAAGGUUCUACCACCGAUGUGAUCAAGAACAGCAAGUGCAGUACGUGCAAAUACGGAGCUGAAUGUGACGUCGACGCGGAGGACACGUGGUGCAUCUGCAACAUCGACUGCAGCGGCCACAACGAGAACCCCGUCUGCGCCACAGACGGCAACUCUUAUGACAGCCCGUGCUUGGUGCGGGAGGCGUCCUGCAUAAAGCAGGAGCAGAUCGACGUGGAGCACCUGGGCAGGUGUCGAGACAAAGCGAGCAGGAAGGACGACGGCGGCCUUUUCAAAGUCAACAUCCUGGAAACCAAAGGACUGGAGCACAAGGACGGAUUCCACACGGGCAGCUGCGGCGCCGACAGGCACCCGGCCUUAUGUCUGCACGGGCGCUGCGAAAUGCAGCGCGAUGUGGCCGUCUGCAGGUGCGAUUCGGGCUACAAAGGCGAACGCUGCGAUGAGCUCCAGGACUUCAACGUGCUCUACGUGGUCCCCAGCGGCCAGAAGUUGCAUUAUGUCCUGAUCGCGUCAGUCAUCGGCGCCGUGCAGAUCGCUGUCAUCGCCGCCAUUAUCAUGUGCAUCAGCAGGAAAUGUCCAAAGAACAACCGUGGGCGUCGCCACAAACACAACCUGGGACACUUUUCUGCAGACACUAACUCUCGGAUGGUAUAGCCCCUCCCCCCUCCUUUUUAUUUGUCAAAGAAGCGCCUGUGCUGGAGAAGAUGAGGAGCAGGGGCCGCCUCAUUUUUCUCUUCCUUUCCUCCUUGAACAACUUUGAGGAAUGUCGGCGCAUCCUGCGUUCUGAUUUUGGAAACACGGACCACCAAAUGAAAGGUUUUCCGUUACCAUGCGUUCUUUUAACUAACGAUAACAACGAGGACGACGCAUUGUGAUUCUCGCAAAGUCAUAGUCAUGGCGGCACAGUUCUUCUGUUGGACUUAAGUCGGCAUGAUGACGGCUAUCGCGUGGCGUCUUUGCUGUGUUAGCGGUUUCAUUUCUGAUCGCAAUAUGUCACGUUUGGGUUUCGCCGGCUUUUUGGACUUUGUCAGCCUGCUUCCAUUACGUCCAAGGCCCCAACAGGAAAGACAUCUCGGCACAAGCAGGAAUGUUUUUACCAGGGGUUCUCAAACGUUUUGGGUACAGGGACUCAUAAUCAAACAACUGCAUGCAUGUCAUUUUGGGGGGGCGGGGGUGAUGCUUACAGCAGUGCCUUGACUUACGAGGCGCCACUUGGUCCAAAUUGGAGCGACAAGUGUGCUUUUGAGCCUGGAGCCAAACAAACUUUACCACAUCCAACCACCAUCAAUUCACAAUUCUUGCAAUUGAACAAGAAGACCAGUAGGUGGCGCUUUAAACUGUUUUACCAACAGACAAGGGAGGAAACGUUUUUGCGUUGCUUUAAUAUGCUGCAAUACUGCUGGGUGCAGUUUUUCUUAUGAAUUUGUUUUAACGAAUUUGGGGUGUUUUGGCACCCCUGGAACAGAUUUAUUCUAUUUGUAUUUAUUUUAAGGAUGAGAGAUGAUUUGAAAAUUGAACUUGUAUCUCAUGGCACCAGUUUUUUUUGUUGGUGGGAUGAAAAGUAGUAAUUUUAUGCAAAUUUCUGUU